AUUCCUUCCACCAUCGUCGUACUAACCCAUCUCCCGCCCCCCCUUCCACCGUAACUCAAUAUGGCGGAAGUAGAGACAGCGUCUGUACCAACGGCGCCAGCCGCGAUCUUCGAAGACCUCACCCAACCCGCCAACACAGACUCCGCCCUCGUGACCACCAACACCGACCCGGCCACCACCACCACCGAUGGCACACUUCAGAGAGUCAAAAAGACCAAAAUCAUCAAACGCAAACGCCGCCCCGCCCGGCCCCAACAGGACCCCUCAACCUUCAAAUCCGAACCCCCGCCCCAAACAGGAACCAUCUUCAACAUCUGGUACAACAAAUGGUCCGGCGGCGACCGCGAAGACAGCCUCCUCAGCAAACACCAAGCCAAAGGCCGCUGCAACGUCGCCCUCGACAGCGGCUACACCCGCGCCGAUCGCGUCACGGGGUCGUACUUCUGUCUCUUCUUCGCGAGGGGUCUGUGUCCGAGGGGGCAGGAUUGCGAGUACCUGCACCGACUGCCGAAUAGUCGGAUAGGCAAGGAGGGGGAAGGCGGGUUGGGGGAUAUAUAUCCGAGUAAUGUGGAUUGUUUUGGACGGGACAAGUUUAGUGAUUAUCGCGAUGAUAUGGGUGGAGUGGGAAGCUUUAUGCGCGUCAAUCGCACGCUCUACGUCGGUCGCAUACACGUCACGGACGAUAUCGAAGAAAUCGUCGCGCGGCAUUUUCAGGAAUGGGGACAAGUCGAACGAAUCCGCGUCCUACCCUCCCGCGGCGUGGCGUUCGUGACCUACACCCACCUCGCCAACGCCGAGUUCGCGAAGGAAGCCAUGGCGCAUCAAAGCCUCGACCACAACGAGACGUUGAAUGUGCGCUGGGCGACGGUCGAUCCGAAUCCGGUUGCGCAGAAACGGGAGGCGAGGAAAGUGGAGGAG